AUGGGCGGCGGCGAUCUCAACUUGAAGAAAUCCUUCCAUCCCGCGCUUCGGCGCAACCAACAGGCUGUUUGGGACGAGGAACAAAAGGCCCUCGCCGAACGCAAGCGCACACAACAACGUCUCGAUGAAAUCAAGGAAGAGCGCGCAAAGGAAGAAGUGCAGCGGCAGCUCGAGGCCGCAGGCGGCAAGAAGAAAGUCGACCGCGUAGAAUGGAUGUACCAAGGCCCCAACGACGGGCAGACCGGCACAACAGAAGAAACCGAAGCCUACCUCCUCGGAAAACGACGUAUCGACAAUCUCAUCAAAGGCACGGAACAUAAAAAGCUGGAGAAGGAUGCAGGCACCGAAAGUUUUAUGGCGAUGCAAAAUGCGAAUACCGUGCGCGAUACAGCUUCCAAGAUCCGCGAAGACCCUUUGCUCGCUAUGAAACGUCAGGAACAAGCCGCCUUUGAAAGCAUGAUGAACGACCCAGCCAGACGCCGCCAACUACUCGCUUCGAGAGGUAUAGAAGAGGAAAAGAAGGACAAGUCACGAAGAAGGGAAGAUCGACACAGGAGAAGACACCGCCAUCGCAGCGCAGACGGGGAGGAUAGACACCACAGAAGAAGACGGUCUUACUCGCGAUCGCAAAGCCCGCGUCGACGUGAUGGCUCAAGAGAGGAUCGGCACAGACGGCGCAGGGAUGAUAGCAGGGACAGACAUUCACGUAGAAGACGCGAUGAUUCAGAUGAUGGGGAUAGACGCGACAGGGAUAGUCGCAGUAGCGGAGACAGACAUCGACACGAUAGCGAUAGUCGCGAUAGACGACAUCGCGAUGACGCGCGAGACAACCGUCGUGAUGAGCGCCCACGAGACAACAACCGCCAAUACCAAAGAAGAAGCUACCCCAGCGACCGACGCCACAACGAAGACGACAAAGCCAAGGAAGAAGAGCGUCAGCGCAAACUAGCAGCGAUGCAGUCCGCAGCAACCGAGCUAGACGUUGACCGUCAAGAACGUCUCGCUAUCCUCGAAGAGCGGGAGAAAGCGGCCAGAGAAGCAGAUGAUAAAGCUAGAGAGCGUGGUGGUGAUCGUGGAUUCGUGAAUAAGCUACACCAACAGGCUGAGCACAAGGGAUUGGCGGAGCGCAUGGGUGGAGUACGCCGUGGAUAUCAAAAAGAUGAUGAUUAG